UUUUUGAAGUGUUUGAGUUUGAUAUCGCAGAACUUUAACAGUGAUAUACACUAGUAUCGUUUUCUGUUUAUUUCUUAGAAUAAAUCAGUGUUUGGGGUUUACAAUGGCUGUGAAUGCGGUGCACCUGGAAUCAGACGCUUUUUUGGUGUGCAUGAAUCAUGCGCUGAGUACAGAGAAGGAAGAAGUUAUGGGGCUUUGCAUUGGAGAGGUUGACACAGACAGAAUUGUGCACAUCCACUCAGUAAUCAUCCUGCGGCGGUCAGACAAGAGGAAGGAUCGUGUGGAGAUCUCUCCAGAACAGCUGUCUGCUGCCUCCACUGAAGCUGAGAGGUUAGCUGAAAUGACUGGACGGCCAAUGCGAGUGGUGGGCUGGUACCAUUCCCACCCACACAUUACAGUGUGGCCGUCGCAUGUUGAUGUGCGGACCCAGGCAAUGUACCAAAUGAUGGACCAGGGUUUUGUUGGGCUGAUAUUUUCUUGUUUCAUUGAGGAUAAGAACACCAAGACCGGGAGGGUGCUCUACACCUGCUUUCAGUCCGUGCAGGCACAGAAGGGCUCUGAGUACGAGAGAAUUGAGAUCCCAGUCCAUGUGGUCCCUCAUGAAACAAUCGGGAAGGUGUGCCUGGAGUCUGCUGUGGAGCUUCCCAAGAUUCUGUGUCAGGAGGAGCAGGAUGCUUACAGGAGAAUCCACAGUCUUGCUCACUUGGAUCCGAUAACAAAGAUUCACAAUGGCUCAGUCUUCACGAAGAAUCUUUGCAGCCAGAUGUCAGCUAUCAGUGGGCCCCUGCUGCAGUGGCUGGAGGACAAGGUGGAGCAGAACAAGCAGAAUAUUGCUGAGCUGCAGCUUGAGAAGGAGAGGCUGAUACUGGAGCUCACAGACCUGGACUGAGCAGAACAGCCAUGCUGGACAUGUACAAAUUAGCAGGACACUAUAAUGCUGCUGUGCAAAACGCCUCCGAGCAGGGGCAGGAGACUCCAACAGAGGAGCAGCAAGGUUCUAGGACUAAAGCCAAUGCAAAACUAGGCAACUUUCAGGAGACUAGUAGUACUUUGUAAGCAGUAUUCACUUAGUAGCUUCAGCCAUGAGGGAAAUUAGCUUAGAAUUGUCACCUAGAACAAGUUUCAUAAGUUUCCAGAAAAAAAUUGCCAGCAAAUUGCCUUGUUUUUUCAUGGGAUUAACAUACAUUUUGAGAGAAGCUACUCUGAACAAUAAUUUAAUUGCAUAUUUCAAUAAGAAACUAAGCAAGGAGACAAACAUUUCAGUCGUCUUCAGUGUACUAGCCAAAACACUUGUCUACAAGACAGUUUCUCUACAAUUCUGAUUUGAGUGCUGUGAAGUUCUCUAUGCUUCUUUCUAGUUUUAUCCUAUUAGAACUGCUAUGUUUGUUCCAAAGGUUAUAAAUGUAAUCAACAGAACCAUGGGCCCAGCUUUGAAAGGUUUUGCUCCAGGGUAAUAUUUCUAAGCAACAAAAUAAUGGUAAUGUUGCUCUUUUCGCUUUUUGGGUACAAUGGGUAAUCUAUUGAUUUGAACACUUCAGUUUUCAUGGCUCCUAAGAUUUUUUUAUUAUUUAUUUUAAAGUUAAAAUUGACAGCAGAGCCAGGUCCAUUACCACUGUCAUCAUAUCCUAAUUGCUAGCUGCUGUACUUAAAUCGCAUCUUCACUGAAUGAACUAUUGAAAUCCAAUCUACAGGGUGUGAGUAGAUGUUAGUUAACGUUUCUUGACCUUGCUGAGUGGUGUGUUGGCUUUGAAAACUGGGCCCCAUGUCUUCUGUUUUGACAUUACAAGUGAUUGUUUGGUCAUGCUGGUUGUUUUUUUAAUUCGAAUUCUCUGAAUUCUGGUUGUUUUCGGGUAAGUUGUUUGUCUCCAGCCAAACAGAAAUACUGUAAAUCGACUCUGAAGUCAGUAUCCAAAUUUUGUAAUCUGAACAAACUCAGAAUUAGUUGUUAACUAAUUUAAUGAGUUUUCACAUGAACUUGCAGACAAUGGUGGCAGUACUUUUGUUGCAUAUCAUUUAAAAAAAAAAAAAAAAAAAAGAAAAAAACACCUAUACUUUCAAAGGUAAGAAACAGUGACGUGUAAAAUAGGAUGCUGGUUGUGAAAUUAGUAUUUCAUUGUAAGCUUGUUAAAUGUUUUUUUUUUUUUUUUUUGAUUUGUAAAAGUUGAACACUUUUUAUGGAAAAUAAAGUCCUAA